AUGAAAGUGCUGAUCGUAUUUGCUCAUCCCGAGCCUCAGUCGCUUACCGCGCACUUGAAGGACGUUGCAGUCGAAGAACUCAAAUCUCAGGGCCACGAGGUAAAAAUCACAGACCUAUAUGCUCAAAAAUGGAAGGCUGCAAUUGACCGUUCGGAUUUCAAACAGGUUUCGGAGAAUGAUAAAUUAUCGGUGGUGAGUCUCUCCAGUGAGGCUUACGAACAAGACAAUCUGACCGAGGAUGUCAAGCUAGAGCAGGAAAAGCUGUUAUGGGCUGACACCUUGUUGUUACAUUUCCCAUUAUGGUGGUUUUCGAUGCCCGCUAUUCUAAAGGGAUGGGUAGAACGUGUCUAUUCUUGCGGACUAGCUUACGGUGUUGGGGAACACAGUGACCACCGGUGGGGCGAACGCUAUGGUGAGGGAAAAUUUGUUGGUAAGCGUGCAAUGCUUUGCGUCACAAUAGGUGGAUGGAAGGAGCAUUACGGGGAUCGUGGAAUUAACGGGCCUCUUGACGAUUUGCUCUUUCCUAUUAACCACGGAGUGCUUUUCUAUCCUGACUUUACCGUGCUUCCUCCUUUUGCGGUCUAUCGUUCCCACAAGAUGUAUCCCGAGAAGCUAGAGGCAGUCACGGCGGAACUGCGUGAGCGUAUGCGCACUCUUGAGUCCACUGAACCUAUUCCUUACCGUAGACAAAACUUCGGCGAUUAUGAGAUUCCUUCACUUGCGCUACGUGAGGAUAUCGAACCCGAUGUCGUGGGAUUCUCAGCCCAUAUAAACCACCCAGAGAAAAAGUGA